AUGGUUUAUAGUCAUGGGCACAGGGGAAACAAGAUCCAUUUCUCCGGCCCUGUAUUUGCUCCAUCAAAGAAUGUGGAUCAGAUGCUUAUAGAGUAUGAUCGCCGGAUCCAAGAAACUGCUCGCAGGGCACGGCUUGAGAAGGCAGGAGUUGGUAAUGUUCAGGCUCAAGUGAUUCAGAAAACAGCUAAUCCAAUAUAUGCCUCCAGUCGUCGAGAUGGGUAA